AAUUACACGUGACGUGUGUCUCCACAAAACCCUGCUAAUUAGUCAUUAUCAAACUGAAUAAUCAAGUUAAUAACAAUAAUAAGUUCAUAACAACUGAAGUUGUAUCACUGUCAUUUUAAGUAUCAGUUGCAAAACCAUUAUUUUUUACUGUAGUUAAACAUGACAACGACUCCGAAUAGAACAAAUAUCGAUGGACGGGACACAGUGCCUAAAAAUUCUUCCUCGGAAUUUAAGAAGAGAAGUGGUACCACCGACAAAGGUAGAGAUUACGAACAUCUCUACAUAGCUCAUUUAGUAUUAAAAUUAAUAGUUGACGACAAUGUGGAAAAAUUUUAUUUAUCCUCGAACGACAGCGAAUAUGGGUCUUUCGAUGACGUUGUAGUUGAAAUUAAAUUCAAAGAUCGCACGGAAACGUUCGCUAUUCAGUUGAAACACGUUAGCAAAACAGGAGGAAUAAAAAUUCAGCAGUUAAACGCAUCAAGUGGACUAUUUAGCUUCGAGAAGUAUUAUGAAAAUUUUAAAAAUGAGCCGAAGUUGUCUGAACUGUGUAUGAAGAUGGUUUUGUUUACCAAUUCUAAGCUAAAUGAUGAGCACAUAGAUUUAGGUUUAAAUUUGGCAAAUUGACGCUAUGUGAGCAAGACAACUUGCUAAGUACUCGUAGUACAGAACUGGGAGGACAGUGUCACAAAUUCGAAGAAAAUGAGGCUAAUUUCAAGGAAUAUGGAUCUUUCUUUAAAAAUUUAUAUCUGUACACUGGUCAAACAGAUGUUAGAGAACUAGAAAUGUGUACACUUCAAAUGUUCAAAACUUAUUUCAAAAGCAACGAGACCGUUUUUCGGGAGUAUCUACGUUUCAUAACGCAGUGGAGCAUGAAAGAAGGGAAAAAGAGUAAAUUGAAUAAAACGUGGAUGAAAUACAUGAUAACCCUUUGCGUACUUACACCUUCUAUCAAACCAUUAUCUUUUGUUGCUGAUAGACCAGUGGACGCCAAAAGAAACAUUUUUAGAAAAGCUGUUUCAAAAUUUGACUUGACUGUUAUAAAUAGUAACAAUUUCGACAAACUCGAAUCAGUGUGGUCAAAUGCUAUCGACGG